GGGGUUCGCUUGUAUAUUUCGUCUGUUUUCAGGGAUAUGGAUACGGGAGGUUUAUGGGGAUGAUGGAGGAAGGUCGCGCAACGGUCCCCCAACCUUCAGAUUGAUGGUAUCAAAAUAUAUAUACCAAAGUGGAGGAAUCGAAAGAAAAGAUCAACUCGUCCAAACAUGGCUUCCGCUUUCGCUGGAGUUCUUGUUGUUUUUCUGGGUUGUUGUUCGCUGAUCGUCACCUCUGAGGAGAACAGAAAUGCAACACAUCACAAGGUUAAGAUGACGUGUGAUGAGGAUUACUGUGCAUCUUAUUGUUGCUAUGACAGCUGGAAUAACUGGAUUUGCUGUAGUGAAACUGAUAUCACAGACAUGUGGUGGUUCUGGGUCAGCUUUGCCACAGGGCUAUUGUUCCUGUCUUUGUGCUGCGGUCUUUGCUGUCGCCGUCACUUGCGCCACAGACGUUAUUUUAUCAUUACAGGAGAGCAGCCAGCCACUGUUAUAACUUCAUAUGGAACUGAGAAUGUUGCCCCGAUUUACAGUAUUGUACACCCCUACCAUGGGUACCCAGAGGCCCACCUACCACCAUACACGCCAGUACCUGAGAACAAAGGGAACCCACCAAGUUAUACCUGAUGUAUACCCUCCAAGAUAUACCUGAUGUACCCACGAAGUUAUACCCACCAAGAUAUACCUAAUGUAUACCCUCCAAGAUAUAACUGAUGUAUACCCACCAAGAUAUACCUCAUGUAUACCCAGGAAGAUAUACCUGAUGUAUACCCACAAAGAUACAAAUAUAUAAUUGAUGUAUACCCACCAAGAUAUACCUAAUGUAUACCCUUCAAUAUAUAACUGAUGUAUACCCACCAAGAUAUACCUGAUGUACCCACCAAGUUAUACCCACCAAGAUAUACCUCAUGUAUACCCACGAAGAUAUACCUGAUGUAUACCCACAAAGAUAUAAUUGAUGUAUACCCACCAAGAUAUACCUGAUGUAUACCCACCAAGAUGUACCUGAUGUAUACCUACCAAGAUAUACCUGAUGUAUACCCACCAAGAUAUACCUGAUUACCCACCAAGAUAUACCUGAUGUAUACCAACCAAGAUAUACCUGAUGUAUACCCACCAAGAUAUACCUGAUGUAUACCCACCAAGAUAUACCUGAUGUAUACCCACCAAGGUGUACUUGAUGUAUACCCUCCAAGAUAUACCUGAUGUAUACCAACCAAGAUAUACCUGAUGUAUACCCACCAAGAUACACCUGAUGUAUACCCACCAAGAUAUACCUGAUGUAUACCCACCAAGAUAUACCUGAUGUAUACCCUCCAAGAUAUACCUGAUGUAUACCCACCAAGAGAUACCUAAUCUACCCCCCACCAAGAUAAACAUGAUAUAUACCCACUAAGAUUUUUCUGUGUUUUGUUAUCAAGAUUAUUCUGUGAAUAUGUCAUGAAAAGUCACAAAUAUAGCUAUUCAAAUAAACUUUAGAUUUUUUUAGCAUUUCAUUUUCAAAUAAAAAAUAUGUGAUGGAUCUUAGUGGAUAAAACGUAGAUGGAUUAUUUAGCUUGUGAGACUCAUGUAAUCCUGAUUAUCCUAUGAUGAUUUUGAGCAAGUAAAACAGAUGGUGAUGGACAUAGUAAUAGCUGUAAGAGGUCCUUUUACGGAAUAGAAAUGGGAAUAGCUCUAUAGGUUAGUUUUGUUAUCUUACGAACCUCUAGCUAGGCGGUUUCAUGUAAGCAACAACAACAACAUUAUUAUCUUUGUUUUAUCUUAUAUAGUAGAUUUUUAUUUUAGAAUUCAAAGGCUCAGCAAAAAAUAUGACAUGCUUGUUUAAGGUGUGAAAUUAUUCAUCAUCCAAAAAGUUGCAUUUUUAUUCGUUUUUACACCAUUCACAUUAUUGGGGGCCGUACGACCUAGGUGCAUACCAUAUUCCUGACCUGUAGUUACGGAUAAAAAUAAAUGGUGUCAGAGGUGUAGCUUUGGGACAGGCAUAAUGCCACACCUGAAAGUAAGGGGUUCAUUUGUACAAUUUUGAACUAUAGAAGGUUUGUAGAAAUUAUUGAAAUAAAGUGAAUGCUUGUUUU